GUGUCGUGCUUCGCCUCAAGGGUGAUUGCAGCUCGUGUGCCAGUAGUAGUACCAUGAUUCCCUUUGUCAACAUCUUCGCCUAGCCAUUCGUGCGAGCGAAUGUCUAGCUGCAGGAACGUCGAGCUGAGGUACUUUGAGCAUCGAAAAGACAAACAACACGGCCGUUUCCAAAGGGCCCACGGAGCGUGUACAAGCGCACCGGUGCUGUCGACGGUGCCAAAGUUUUGCUGGUUUCAAGCCAAGAGCGCAGCCCCUGGGCCCGCUGGUUUUCGCAGCGGAUUGGCGUCCGCGUCUCUCUCAAACCACUGGACGACCGACAUAGAUGAGGUGGAUACAGCCCGGGGUGAGGCUGUGCAUCAGCGGCUAGUGCCAGUUUCGGGAACAUUCAACGUCUCUGAAUCAAGAGCCCUAAGGGUCUGGCGUUGCAAAUUGCUACGGCGAUGCGCUAACGGGCGAGGCCUCAGUUCAAUGCUUGAAUACGAAGCGCCGCCCCUAAAAUUGGCUGCAGAGCUGAGGUGGCGAUCAGAGACACAUCAACGGUCGAGGUGGGUGCUUCAGACGUGGUGCGCAUGUGCCUGUGUCUGUGCAUCUGCAUCUGCAUCUGCUUCGUGUUUCUUUCGGGAUCAGGCUGGCGCCAAAUUCAGGCUGGUGGCUGUGGAACGGUGUCAGGCUGUGGUUCAGGCGGGAUGAGGCUAUGCAGAUCAUGGCUGGCGAUCAUCUGAACGUUAUUUUGUAAAGAAGAUGAAGAUGGGCAAAAGACGGGAGUUGAGAUAGACAUCAAGAGACGUAUCGUACAGGUACGAACCUGAAGUACCGCUCUUUCCUUGUCAAGGGGGUUGAAGGA